AUGGAAAUACAGCGUGAAGUGCAUGGAGACGACGAUGGACUUCUGUGCGGUCCUGAUGAAAUCGUUUACGCUGACUCGACGGUUCCCAAUGACCCGUCUUAUAUCCUACAGUAUCAGCACCCACUCGUGAAUAUGCCCCAGGCUUGGGACGUUACUACUGGGGACCGCUCUCUGGUGGUGGCACUCAUCGAUUCGGGGAUCGACUAUAGUCAUCCCGACCUUGCCAACAACAUCUGGACAAACCCUGGCGAGAUCCCUAAUGAUGGAAACAACAACAGAGGAGUCGCUGGGGUCGCUUGGAAGCUCUCUGUUGUACCACUGAGGUUCCUUAAUGAGAAGGGCCAGGGGUAUCUCAGCAAUGCCCUGGAAGCCAUCGACUACGCCAUUUUGAUGAACAUCAGAAUGAGCGUGAACAGUUGGAGCUGCACAGGAUGCAGUGUUCCCACUCUCGAGACGGCUGUGCAGCGAGCUGGCCAGGCUGGACACUUGUUCAUCACUAGUGCCGGCAAUAAGAAGAACAACAAUGAUGCCACUCCCACCAUCCCGUGUGGCUUCAACCUGGACAAUAUCAUCUGUGUCGCCGCUACUGACGCCAAUGACGUUCUCUUGACCAAUAGCAACUAUGGUGCUACAACGGUAGAUCUCGCCGCCCCUGGUGGGUCCAUCUACUCUACUAAACCGUCCAAUACGUAUGCCUAUAUGUCCGGUACGUCGAUGGCCGUGCCUAUGGUGGCGGGAGCAGCCGCUCUGAUGUUCGUGGCAAGGCCGCUCGCCACAGCAGCUCAGAUCAAGUGGAUACUAGUCACUACCGAGUUGGCUUCGAUCCUCAACACCGUUGAGAGCGUGGCUGGUUUGCAAGGGAAGUGUGUCACUGGUGGUCGGCUGGAUGUAGCCGCCGCACUCAGUGAUAUCACCACCUGUGAGCAAGCCGCUUACGACGCCUGUGCCGCUCUGGACAACGGAAGCUGGUGCCAAUUCGGAGUAACUGUAUCGACGUGUCAAGGAGCCUUCUCCCUUCAGUGCCCUUGUGGGCAGAACCGUCGGGCCCUCGGCUACCCUGAGCGUGAAGCCGAUCUGCAUGUUUAA